GUGGCGCCGAAAUUUGAUCAAAUUUUUUGGAUGCCAGACCUGGUAUCUCGCAGCAAGGAACCACCACUGACAAUCGAGAAUCUAGCGGAAGUGCUAGUAGGCCUGACAACACACCUCCCGCCUCCAGAGCUGGACCGUCUUUGUCUCCAGGUGUGGAGGGUUGGAUGUGGAACCAAUUAGUUCAUAACUGGACAGCAAAGGGAAAGAGCUUAGUUAAUAACAGUUGGCGGGCUUCCACUCUGGAAACAUAUAAGGUACCAAUUCGUCGCUGGCUUGGCUGGUGCCAGGAUAACAACAUCGAUCCAGGCUUACCCCAGGUUCACAACGUGGCCAGAUUCUUGGCAAACCUCUUCCUCAAGAAGAAUCUAUGGUACAGCACAAUUUUCUUCACAAGUCUGCGGUUGCCACCUUUUGCUCCGGCAAGUCAUCGUCAUCGAUCUCAUCGGAUUUCCUAGUCCGACAGGUCCUAAAAGCUACAUCUAUAGCUAGAUCUAGGGAAAUCAAGGCAGACAUUUGGGACGCGCAGCUGCUCUUAAACUGGCUCAGCACUACGAUUCCUGACUCAUCACUUUUUCAAUUAUCCAGAAGAAGUGCAGCCCUGCUACUUCUGAUCCCAGGCCGUCGAAUCCAUGACUUGACCUUGUUGAAAGUUUCCAACGACUACCUGUCUUAUCUGGGGGAUGAAAUGAUUUUGUGGCCUGCGUUCGGAUCCAAGACUGAUCGUAAUCGAUUGCGUCAAUCAGGCUGGGGGCUGUCCACGCGCCCUAACAUUCGUCUGUGCCCAGUAACAUUAAUCAAGGCCAUGGACUUGUAAAACCUGCAUCUGUGACGAUCAUUUCCGGUUGGAUCCGUUCAGCUCUCCGGGAGGCUGGCAUAGCAGCUUCUCCAGGUAGCAUACGCUCAGCAGUAGCUUCACGCAGCUGGCUGGAUAACGUUCCCGUAGAGGAAAUUCUAGCACGAGGCAACUGGAGGUGUGCUAAAACUUUUCGAAAACACUACUGUCGCCAGGUUGCCAUCAAGGAAAAGACGAACACACUAUCCUCGCAUUUCAAAC